AUGGCCCCUACAGGUCAGAGCGCUUCAUGGUCUGACGUGCUUUGUUGCCGUAUCUGUUCAGAACUUUUUAGCUCCAAAAAACUGCCAAUAAAUCUUGCUUGUGGUCAUACAAUAUGUCAUAAUUGUCUUAAUGAGCUUAACACAAGUACCUGUCCGUUGGAUCAGACAGCAAUUUCCAUUCCUUUCGAAAAAUUACCUCCAAAUCUUGCAUUGCUCUCAAUCCUCUCAGAAUUUAUCAAUAGUAAACCGGAAAUUAAUCAAGAACUGUCCGAUGAAUAUCGACAUAUUGAGUCGAAUCUCGUCGAACUAGCCUCUUAUUUACAUCCUGUCGAGUGCUUAUUUGGAGGAAGUGUUUGGAGUGAUGAGUUAAGCAGGCCGAUGCAGCGCAAAUUAAUAUCACUGUUGUGUUAUCAGUUGAUGGAAUAUAAGGGUCUGCAGCGGGCACUUAAAACAGCACGUGCUUUGGCAGAACGUGCUCUUUCAGAAUUGGUCAUUUAUCAUCAAAAUAAUUCUAAUAUAUCAACAGUUUUGUGGUCUAGUAUACGUUCUAGAGGAUGCCAGUUCUUAGGUCCAGCUAUGCAAGAGGAAAUUCUGAAGCUUAUUUUAUUGAUACUUUCGGACGGUGCAUUGAUAUCUCGUAAAACUUUGGUGUUAUAUAUUGUGCAGACACUGCGGGUUGAUUAUCCGCAAGCUUCGAAAACGUGUGUUGGUCAUGUUGUACAGUUGCUUUAUCGAGCUGGUUGCUUUCAUGUAUUAAAACGUGAAGGUGAAUCGUCAUUGAUGCAACUGAAAACACAGUUUCGUGAUUAUGACGCACUGCGUCGUGAGCAUGAUGCACAAAUCGUACAAGUAGCUUUUCAGCAAGGUUUGCGUAUAUCUCCAGAUCAUUGGUCGGCUUUACUGUAUGGUGAUCAGCAUCAUAGAUCUCAUAUGCAAAGCAUUAUAGACAAACUCCACUCAACUCAAGAUUUCGAACAACAAGUCAGAGACUUGAAAACAGCAAUAGAACAGUGUUCAGGGCGAGAUAUGCUUAUUCCAACAUUCGAGCAUUUCGAACGCUUUGCUAAUUUUGAUUAUUUAAAUGAAUUACCAGAUUGGACAUUGGCAGUACAUUUAUUCGAUUCGUUGUUAUUUAUAAUAAAAACAUAUGUAAAAUUCACGCGGAUGAGAAGCAUAGCUAGAUUCAUUCCUGCAACUAAAUGUCCCAGUGUGUGUCAUCAAGGAGACCACAAUUAUAAAACAUAGUUUUCACGGAACUUUCCAAAUCCGAUAGGCACGGCAACUGGUAGUAUUUGUCUGCUGGUGUAA